AUGCAAGCACCAGGCGGACCAAGACAGCCAGGUUCAGGAAACGGGACGCCAGCCAAUGCAGCGGUGUCCAAUCUUUCCAGCGCGCUGCGCCAGGUGAAUCUCGGAAACAGCAACACAGCGACAGACCAGUGCAAUGUCAACUACGAGCUGAACAAUCGCAUAAAUCAGCAGCAGCUUCUGGCAGAGGCUAGUCGCAAUUCUUACAUGGCACAGCAGGCAGAAAUGCAACAGCAAGCGGCGUCACAGUCGUCGCAGUACGUGGGACCUUCGGAAAUUGACAAUUCGCGGAUCGCUAAAUUUUUCCAGAAUCAGCCGGAAGAAGGCUAUACCCUUUUCUCGCACAGGUCUGCACCAAACGGAUUUAAAGUUGCCAUUGUACUGAGCGAGUUGAAACUGCCAUAUCAGACGAUUUUUUUAGAAUUCAAUUUGGGCGAGCAUCGCGCGCCGGAAUUUGUCGCCAUCAAUCCAAACGCUAGGGUACCCGCGUUGAUCGACCACGCUUUGGACAACCUAGCGAUAUGGGAAUCCGGCGCCAUUAUACUGCAUCUCGUGAACAAAUAUUACAAAGAAACUGGGGAUGCGCUUCUAUGGUCCGAUAACAUGGCAGAACAGUCCCAAAUAACCGCCUGGCUUUUCUUCCAAACUUCUGGUCAUGCGCCCAUGAUUGGCCAGGCCCUGCAUUUCAGAUAUUUCCAUACUCAAAAAGUACCUAGCGCUGUCGAAAGGUACACGGACGAAGUGAGAAGGGUGUACGGAGUUGUGGAAAUGGCACUUGCUGAAAGAAGAGAGGCACUUAUAAUGGAGCUGGAUACAGAAAAUGCGGCAGCUUAUUCCGCAGGCACUACACCACUGUCGCAAAGUCGAUUCUUCGAGUAUCCAGUAUGGCUUGUGGGCGACAAGAUUACCGUUGCAGACCUGGCGUUCGUACCCUGGAACAACGUUGUCGAUCGUAUUGGCAUAAAUAUCAAGAUGGAGUUCCCAGAAGUAUACAAGUGGACGAAGCGUAUGAUGAGAAGACCUGCGGUAAUCAAAGCCCUUCGCGGAGAGUAG